AACAAAAUUCUCUCUACUGUGAUGCUAUGCGUAACUGCGUGACGGAGGCAAUAUUGAAAAGGCCACCUCAUCACCCAUGUCAGACCCAGAUGUUCGUCGUUAAUGUCUCAGCUCUGGAGCUCAUCAGAUAGAGACACCAUCACAUUGAGCCAUGGAGAAAUUUGCGUGUAUAGUAAUUUAUCUACUUGAUGUCUUGGUGCGUCUGGGUACUGGUCAACAGCAUUUCAGCGGACGUGCUGGACCAUGGAGAAACCGGAUUCAGUGGGAGAAUAAUGGCCAAGUGUACAGUCUACUGAGCACGGGGACUCAAUUUCGCGCACCCACACAGACUAGAAGAGGCACUCAACUCUUACUAACAACCAAUUUGAACCGAGUUAACCCUCCUGUUGCGCUCAGUAGCCCCACCAGAACCAGAUCUGCAGACCCCGAGGACGCAGCCGGGGUUUACGCACCUCAAAACGACCUCAGUCAAAUAAAUGCGUCAGUUCUUGGUGCUGAUGCGAGUCAGUAUUUACUCGCCUCGGGACGAGCCCGGACGCCCAAUCUGUCCCGUCCGCCCGUCGCCUCUACCAGAGAGGCUGUGGCUUUGGGAUAUCGUUCAGACCAGGCUCCGUCUAAUGGCAGCGCUGCCGCUUUCACCACCAUCCAGGAGUUCUCUGGCAGCGGAGUCCCACGAGGAGAACGGAACACACCCGGGGAUGACGCAGGUCCACAACAAGCCGCAGCCUCACCUGUAAGAACACCAAAUUUUACGCACAGCAGGGGCGGCCGGAUAAGAUUUGAGGACUCGGAUUCAACGCCCCAGUCACGCACCACAUCUGGAUGGGUUACCAUGGCUGAGGAUAGUGGGAAUGCACGUCGUAUCCCACAGCAAACCAGUUUAGGUGCCCGCAGGACGCCCAGAGUCCACUCACUCACCAGAGUCACCCCGGAGUCAAAUGUUUCUCCCACAGCGCUGUCCAGUAACGCUGUAGAAAUACACUUCCCUCGUCCAAGGCCGGAUACUACACGGACUACGGACAUGGGUGACCCACGGGUUCCACACAGUAUUCAUCACAGGAACUCAGUUUUCUAUAAUGUUUAUCCACCAGACCACAGAAACAGGAUCACUGCAAGGCCUCCAGGACCAGGCUUUGGCACCAGGUUCUUCCACAAUGGUCUGCCAGACUUGGUUCCUGACCCUUAUUACAUCCAAGCUGCCUGUUACAUCCAGAAAGUGCAGAUGUAUGCACUUCGCUGUGCUGCUGAGGAGAACUGUCUGUCCAGGACUGCGUAUCAUCCAAGUGUGAGCGACCUCGACUACAGAGUCCUGCUGCGGUUCCCACAGCGAGUGAAGAAUCAAGGAACAGCAGACUUCCUUCCAGUGAGGCCCAGUCACGAGUGGGAAUGGCACAGCUGUCACCAGCACUACCACAGUAUGGAGGCCUUUAGUAACUACGACCUGCUGGAUGUCUCCACUGGACAGAAGGUGGCCGAGGGACACAAGGCCAGUUUCUGUCUGGAGGACACGUCUUGUGACCCAGGGACACGCCGACGCUUUGCCUGCACUGCUCACACACAGGGCCUUGGUCCCGGCUGCUAUGACACAUAUCACGCAAACAUCGACUGCCAGUGGAUUGACAUCACUGAUGUACCAGCGGGAAACUAUGUACUCAAGGUGACAGUGAACCCCUCUCAGUUGGUCCAGGAGUCUGAUUUUUCCAACAAUGAGGUGCAGUGUGACAUCAAGUACACAGGAAGCUACAUUCAGGCAAGAAACUGCCGGAUUACUGUAAGCUGACCUGGAUGAAGACAAAAAUGUUCCCACACAAAUAUAUAUUUAAUAACUCCUUCUUAUGUGUGGUUGCUACCCUGCCAUGCAGCUGAUUUACACUUUAACUUUUUCUACUAUUCU